UCAAGGACAGGUUGAAUAAGACAUGAUUUUGUACACUAAAGCAUAUAUUUGAUGGUCCAGUGAAGUGAUCUCUAGUUUAUGGUAAGCGAUGGGCGAUCCGCAGUUCCAACAGUUUACUAAACACUUUGAUCUCAUGCCUCAACAUAUCAGAGCUCCUCAACAAUGUUAUAGACUUGUUCCGGACAUUGACAUCGAUUGCUUGAAGUCACCAGAAAAUGAAGUCAUAAACAACUACGACAUGAAUUGUAAAUCUAAUAAUGAAGUUAUUAUCUCCAAUGAAAUCAAAGAUAUCCAGUCUUUGAAAGAAAGGAAACGAAGAAAAUUGCCGAAAAUCCCUUGCAAUCAAAUUCCUUUCGAAGGUCUUUGGCAAUCAGUGUCAACCACUGAUGGUAUACCACUAUCUGAAGAGUUAGCCAAACCUCAAGUUAUACAUUAUUUGCGACAAAACAAAUGUCUAAUACGUCAGGUAUCGACAAAUGUAUUUUUAGAGAUCAAAACUGAUUCAAAUGAUGGAAAACCGAUAUCAUUAAAACUCUAUAAUAAGGAUCCAACUCUAAAUAAUGGUAUCAAUUCAUCAGAUGAAGAUGAUUAUCGAUUUGGUAGUGAUUCCGGUAAUUCAUCAGCAAUUAGUCCAAUUGAUGACUCUCUGACUUAUGGUAAUGGAUUAGUUCAUCAAAAUGAAAGUCAAAAAUUAAAAUCAUUGCAAUUAUUAGAGGCCACACAUAGGGGUCUCUAUAAGUUUGUUCCCCGACAUAGUGAUGAGCUUAAGAUAGAAAUAGGAGAUCCAAUUCACUUAAGCAAAGAAAAUGACGAUUUAUGGUGUGAGGGCUAUAAUUUAAAAACAGGUGAAAAAGGCAUAUUUCCAUCAGCAUUGGUCACGGAUAUUGAUUAUUCAGAGUUUAUGGUUGAUCCCAAUUGUGACGAUAGUUUACCACUUAUUAAUAUCAAAGUUAAAAAAGAAAGAUAUUUAUUGGAUUUCUUGGGAUCGGUUGAAGUCAAAGAACAAAAAGGAAAUCCUGUGUUAUGCGAAUCAGUUCGUCGAGUACUUGAAGCCAAGCCAUCAGAUAUCGGUAUGAAUACUCCCAAUCCAUCCAUUGUUGAGAUUAGUGACUUAGGAUUGAGAAUGACUGAUAACAAACCGGUGCCAAUCAAUAGUAGUAAUAAUCAUAUGAUAAGUCAUGACUACUUCUUUGCCUUAAAACACGUGACAUUUUGUGGCUUUUAUCCCGAAGAUAAUCGCUAUUUUGGUUUCAUUACAAAACAUCCGACUGAAACUAGACUCGCGUGUCAUGUAUUCAAAGGCAAGGAAUCGACUCGUGAAGUGACCGAAGCUGUCGGCCGAGCAUUUCAUAGACUUUAUAACAGAUUUAUUGAGUUGUCGUAUCCUAUCGAAGAAUUUUACAUCGAUUGA